AUGGAGACCGAGGCUGGGCCCGGGCAGCCUCGCGGCGUUGCCAUGGAGACAAGUCCCGGGCUAGGGCUCCGCAGCCCCGGCUCUCCGCCGGCUCAGAACCCCGCGGAGCCGCUGCGCGAGGCCGAAGCCGUGGUGGCGGCGGCACGCUGGGACCUGAGGAAGCACUCUUUGCUCAUCGUGAUCGGCGAUAUCGCUACAGAGAGUCAGCUGAGGGCCGUUCGGGCCCACCUUGAACAAGGCAUUCUCUCCUGGAACAUUGAUUUAUCAUCCAUUGACUUGAACCAACAAUUGAGACUCUUCAUUACCCGGCACCUAGCUCACUUCUCUUCAGAGGUCAAAGGCCAGAGGACCCUCUGCCACCAGAGUGAGAUCCUAGAGACCAUCAUCCUCGUAAACCCCAGUGCCGACAGCAUCAGCUCUGAGGUUCACCACCUCCUUAGCAGCCCAUCAGCUCACAAACUACUGAUCUUGAGUGGGCAGAGUUUAGAGCCUGGGGGAGACCUCAUCCUACAGAGUGGCACUUACUCCUAUCAAAACUUUGCCCAGGUCCUUCACAACCCAGAGAUUGCCCAGCUGCUCAGCAACAGAGACCCUGGGAUCCAGGCUUUCCUCACCGUGUCCUGCUUAGGGGAGGGCGACUGGAGCCACCUGGGACUAGCUAGUUCCCAAGAGACCCUGCACCUCCGGCUAAACCCUGAGCCCACACUGCCCACCAUGGAUGGCGUGGCUGAAUUCUCCGAGUACGUCUCUGAGACCGUGGACGUGCCGUCCCCCUUCGACCUACUGGAGCCCCCCACCUCAGGGGGCUUCCUCAAGCUCUCCAAGCCUUGCUGUUACAUCUUCCCCGGCGGUCGCGGGGACUCAGCCCUCUUUGCCGUUAAUGGUUUCAACAUCCUGGUGGAUGGUGGCUCUGACCGCAAGUCCUGCUUCUGGAAGCUGGUGCGGCACCUGGACCGCAUCGACUCGGUGCUGCUCACCCACAUCGGGGCCGACAACCUGCCAGGCAUCAACGGGCUUCUGCAGCGCAAAGUAGCAGAACUGGAGGAGGAGCAGUCCCAGGGCUCCAGCAGCUACAGCGACUGGGUGAAGAACCUCAUCUCCCCCGAGCUGGGGGUUGUCUUCUUCAACGUGCCCGAUAAGCUGAGGCUGCCGGAUGCCUCACGGAAGGCCAAGCGCAGCAUUGAGGAGGCCUGCCUCACUCUGCAGCACUUAAACCGCCUGGGCAUCCAGGCCGAGCCCCUGUAUCGUGUGGUCAGCAACACCAUAGAGCCUCUCACCCUCUUCCACAAGAUGGGUGUGGGCCGCCUGGACAUGUACGUCCUGAACCCUGUUAAGGACAGCAAGGAGAUGCAGUUCCUCAUGCAAAAGUGGGCGGGCAACAGUAAAGCCAAGACAGGCAUUGUGCUGGCUAACGGGAAGGAGGCUGAGAUCUCAGUGCCCUACCUGACCUCUAUCACCGCUCUGGUGGUUUGGUUGCCAGCCAACCCCACUGAGAAGAUCGUGCGCGUCCUUUUCCCAGGGAAUGCCCCCCAGAACAAAAUCUUGGAGGGCCUGGAAAAGCUUCGACACCUGGACUUCCUGCGCUACCCUGUGGCCACACAGAAGGACCUGGCCACUGGGGCUGUGCCUGCCAACCUCAAACCCAGCAAAAUCAAACAGCGGGCUGACAGCAAAGAGAGCCUCAAGGCCACGACCAAGACACCUGUGGGAAAACUGGCCAAACGGGAGGAGGUGGCCGAAGAGGGAGCCAAGGAGGCUCGCUCAGAACUGGCCAAAGAGUUAGCCAAGACUGAAAAGAAGGCAAAAGAGUCCUCUGAGAAGCCCCCAGAGAAGCCCGCCAAGCCUGAGAGGGUGAAGACAGAGUCAAGCGAGGCACUGAAGGCAGAGAAGCGAAAGCUUAUCAAAGACAAAGUGGGGAAGAAGCACCUGAAAGAAAAGAUAUCAAAGCUGGAAGAGAAAAAAGACAAAGAGAAAAAAGAGAUCAAAAAGGAGAGGAAGGAGCUCAAGAAGGAUGAAGGAAGGAAGGAGGAAAAGAAAGAUGCCAAGAAGGAGGAGAAGAAGAAAGACACCAAACCUGAGGUCAAAAAGAUUUCCAAGCCAGACCUGAAGCCCUUUACCCCUGAGGUGCGGAAGACCCUCUACAAAGCCAAGGCCCCCGGCAGAGUCAAGACGGACAAGAGCCGGGCUACCCGUGGGGACAAGGAGCUGUCCUCUGAGCCCCGGACACCCCCGGCCCAGAAGGGGGCCGCACCCCUCCCAGCAAGGGAGCUGGCCUUGUCUUCACCAGAGGACCUCACACAGGACUUUGAGGAGUUGAAACGUGAGGAGAGGGAGUUGCUGACCGAACAAAGGGACGCAAGACUAGGCGAGAAACCGCUCCCCCUGGACACUGCCGAGGAGGGACUCCCGAGCACAGCGGCCCAGGUGGCACCACCCUCUGUCCCUGGGCAGGAAGCAGAAGCGCCUGUGGUGAAGGAGAAAGAGGUCAUCCCAGACGUCCCUGAGGAACGAGGCGGCAAGGACAGAGGCCCGGACUCUGGGGCAGAAACAGAGGAAGAGAAAGAUACCUGGGAGGAAAAGAAGCCAAAGGAAGCCGAGGGGGUCCCUGGCGGAACAGAAGCCCGAGAGGAGAGUGAACCUGAGGUAAAGGAAGAUGUGAUAGAGAAGGCCGAGUUAGAGGAGAUGGAGGAGCUGCCCCCUUCCGAUGAGGAGGAAGAGGAGGAGACAAAGGCGGAGGGUUUUUACCAAAAGCACAUGCAAGAAGCCUUGAAGGUGACGCCCAGGGGCAAGGAGGCUCUCGGCGGCCGGGAACCGGGACUCCAAGGCAAGGCCCCGGAGAAGGAGACCGCGUCAUUCCUGAGCAGCCUGGCCACCCCGGCAGGAGCCACCGAGCACGUGUCUUACAUCCAGGACGAGACGAUCCCUGGCUACUCCGAGACUGAGCAGACCAUCUCGGAUGAAGAGAUCCACGACGAGCCCGAGGAGCGCGCGGCCCCACCUAGGUUUCCGACAGGAACCUAUGACCUCCCUGGGCCCGAAGGUCCCGGCGCCUUUGAGGCCAGCCAGCCUGCUGACAGCGCUGCUCCCGCCACCGCCAGCAAGGCCUACGGAGCACCCGAGACGGAACUCACCUACCCCCCCAACAUGGUGGCCGCCCCUCUGGCGGAAGAGGAGCACGUGUCCUCGGCCACCUCGAUCACCGAGUGUGACAAGCUCUCUUCCUUCGCCACGUCCGUGGCCGAGGACCAGUCCGUGGCUUCACUCACGGCCCCACAGACAGAGGAGACGGGCAAGAGCUCCCUGCUGCUUGACACAGUCACGAGCAUCCCCUCGUCCCGCACUGAAGCCACUCAAGGCCUGGACUACGUGCCGUCGGCCGGCACCAUCUCACCCACCUCCUCGCUGGAAGAAGACAAGGGCUUCAAGUCUCCACCCUAUGACGACGUCUCUGUGACCGGGGAGUCGGAGAAGAGAGGAGAGAUGGUAGGGAGAGGCCUGUCUGGAGAGAGGGCCGUGGAGGAGGAAGAGGAGGAGACCGCCAGCGUACAGAUGUCGGAGAAACUGCAUGGUCAGUAUGGACCCCCGAUGUUUGCUGCCCCUGGGCACGCCCUCCACCCAGGGGAACCAGCCCUUGGAGAGGCGGAGGAGCGCUGCCUCAGCCCGGAUGACAGCACAGUGAAGAUGGCCUCUCCGCCACCGUCUGGCCCACCCAGUGCCACCCACACGCCCUUUCAUCAGUCCCCAGUGGAGGAAAAGUCUGAGCCCCAAGACUUUCAGGAAGCAGACUCCUGGGGAGAUACUAAGAGUAUCCCAGGUGUGGGCAAGGAAGUUGCUGCAGAGGAGACCGCCAAGCCAGGGCCUGACGAGGGCGCACUGGAGGAGGAAGGGAAGGCGCCUCCUCCCACGAGCCCCCAGGCCCAGGAGGUACCCAUCAGCCUAGCUGGGGGACAGGCCGGCCGCACCAUCCAGCUGCUGCCAGAACAGGACAGAGCCAUCGUCCUCGAGACUGUGGAGGCAGGAGAGCCCGCAGGCCCAGUUCCAGAAACAGAAGCCCUACCCGGAGACUUCAGAACUUCACUCCAAGAACUUGGGGAACCUCAGAAAGAGGAGGUGCUCCAAAUUCCUGACCGAGGCCUCUCCCCUGAAGAGGCAGAGUCCCUCUCUGUCCUCAGCGUGGUCUCCCCAGAUGCUGCCAAAAAGCAAGACGCCACCCCGAGGUCUCCUGGUGGCCUGAUGGAGCAGCGCCUCCACACAGACCUAUGGCCGCAGGGAUCUCCAGAAGACACCCGGUCACUGUCUCUCUCAGAGGAGAGUCCCAGCAAAGAGACCUCGCUGGACAUCUCUUCCAAGCAGCUGUCUCCAGAAAGCCUUGGCACCCUCCAGUUUGGGGAACUAAGCCUUGGAAAGGAAGAAAAAGGGCCUCUGAUGCAGGCUGAGGACACCGCUUGCCACCUAGCCCCUGUGUCUAUUCCAGAAGCCCGGGCAGCCACAGUGUCACCUCCCACAGAUGGGACCAGUGGAUAUUCCGCACGGGCAGACAUCACAGAUGAGAGCCCUGAUGGAAAAUUACCCACCAGUUCCUUCUCUCCCACUGUGCUGCUAGGAGAUGGAAGGCGCUCACCCGGAGUGAUCACAAGCCUGGGUGAACACAUUCUCACACCUGAUAGCUCCCUCACCAAGAGCUCUGAGUCCUUGCCAAGCCCUGCCGUGGAGGAUAUCGUCAUGGAGUGGGAAGGCAAAGUCCCACAGUUGAAAGACAGACCCCCAGAGCAGAAGGAGAAGGGGCCCGAGCCCGUGGAUGGAGUCCUUCAGAAGCAGGACAAAACCCUGGAGCAGAGGGACACAGCCAUCUGUCGGAAAGAUGAGGUUCUGGAAGAGAAGGACAAGGCUGGGCAACCGCAGGGUCAGGCUGUGGAACAAACAGGCAGAGACUCAGAACACAGGGAAACAGCCCCGGAACAGAAGGACCAAGCCCUGGAAGGAAAAGACAAAGAUUUAGAGCCUAAAGACAGAGACUCAGAACACAGGGAAACAGCCCUGGAACAGAAGGACCAGGCCCUGGAAGGAAAAGACAAAGAUUUAGAGCUUGAAGACAGAGGCUUAGAACACAGGGACACAGCCCUGGAACAGAAGGACCAGGCCCUGGAAGGAAAAGACAAAGACUUAGAACCUAAAGACAGAGACUUAGAAGCAAAAGACAAGGCCCUAGAACAGGUGGACAAGGUCCCAGAAGAGAAAGAUAAAAUCUUAGAACAAAAAAUCAGAGACUUGGAACAUAAAGACACAGUUCCAGAAGACACAGUUCCAGAAGACACAGUCCCUGCACUGAAGGGCAAGGCCUUAGAACAGAAAGAUGAAGCCCCUGAACAGGACAAGGCCCCAGAAGAGAAGGACCAGGACUUAGCACAAAAAUACUGGGCCCUCGAACAGAAGGCUGAAGCUCUGGAACAAACCAUUAAGGCCGCUGAACAAAAAGAUAAGUUUCUGGAAGAGAAGGACAAAACUCAGGAGCAGGAGAGCCCUGUGCAGGAGGAUAAAACCAUGGCACCAAAGGAGAAGAUCCUAGAGGAAAAAUCUCCAGAAAAAGUCAAGGCUGUGGAACAGAAAGAAGACGCUGUGCUGGAGAAGAGCAAAGCUCUGGGGCUGGAAGAGAGCCCAGUGCAGGAGGACAAGGCCCGGGAGCAGGAGGAGAAGUACCGGAAGGAGCAGGAUGUGGUCCAGGAGUGGCGAGAAACAUCUCCAAGCAGCACCGAACCGGCUGCAGAACAGAAGGAGCCUGCACGGACAUGGGAGGACACAUCUCCUGAGCAGGAGGACACAUACUGGAGGGGCAGGGAGGAUGUGGUCCUGGGGCAGGACACAUACUGGCAGGAGCUGAGCUGUGAGCGGAAGGUCUGGUUCCCUCAUGAGCUGGGGGGCCCCGGGGCCCGGCCACGGUACACAGAAGAGCGGGAGAGCACCUUCCUCGAUGAGGGGCCGGAUGAUGAGCAGGAAGUGCCCCCCUUGGAGCACACACCCCAGAGUCCCUGGGCCUCGGACUUCAAGGGCUUUCAGGAGCCCGCACCACAGAAGGGACUGGAGGUGGAGCGCUGGCUUGCAGAGUCACCAGUUGGGCUGCCACCGGAGGAAGAGGACAAGCUGACCCGCUCCCCCUUUGAGAUCAUCUCUCCUCCGGCCUCCCCGCCGGAGAUGGCUGGACAGAGGGUUCUGCCGGCCCUGGGGCAAGAGAGCCCCAUCCCAGAUCCUAAGCUCCUGCCACCCGUGAGGGACGAACCCACCACCCGCUCCUGGCUGGCUGACAUCCCACCAUGGGUGCCCAAGGACAGAGCCCUGCCCCCUGCACCCCUCUCCCCAGCUCCCGCUCCCCCGACGCCUGCCCCAGAGCCACACACUCCUGCGCCCUUCUCCUGGGGCACAGCCGAGGAGGAGGGUGUGGUGGCUGCAGUGCAGGAGGGGGCAGCUGAGCUGGAAGGCGGGCCGUACUCCCCGCUAGGGAAGGACUACCGCAAGGCCGAAGGGGAGAGGGAAGAAGAAGCGGGGGUUCCUGACCACAGCCCCCGGAGCUCACAGGUCCCCAAGGCCAGCGAGAGCCAUGCCUCUGAGGAGCCGGAGCAGACUGAGCCAGAGCAGAGAGAGCCCACUCCCUAUCCGGAUGAGCGGAGCUUCCAGUACGCAGACAUCUACGAGCAGAUGAUGCUCACGGGGCUGGGCCCCGCCUGCCCCACUAGACAGCCUCCUCUUGGAGCCGCUGGGGACUGGCCCCCCCACAUCUCAACCAAGGAGGAAGCUGCUGGCCGAGACACGCCUGCAGAGAAGGAGCUUUCAUCUCCUGUCUCACCCCAUCGCCUCCAAUUCGACACUCCAGCCUUCAGCUAUGCAGCUCUGGCGGGACCCACUGUGCCCCCCAGGCAGGAGCCUGAGCCGGAGCCAGGCAUGGACCCCAGCCUCACCCCACCUGCGGUACCCCCCCGUGCUCCUAUCCCCCAGAGCCAAGGCCCAAGCCCGCCGCUAAAUGGUCACAUCCUGAGCUGCAGCCCAGAUCGGAGAACCCCCUCCCCCAAGGAACCAGGCCGUGGUCCCUGGGAUGACAGCCCGAGUGAUUCGGAGCUGGAGAAGGGGGCUCGGGAGCAACCCGAAAAAGAGGCCCAGUCCCCAAGUCCCCCGUACCCCACGCCUGCUGGCCCCUCCGCCUUGUGGCCCGAAAGCGAGGCACAUACCAGCCCUUCCUCAGACUCACACCUGGGUCCUGCGCGACCCAGCCUGGACUUCCCUGCGUCAGCCUUUGGCUUCUCCUCACUGCAGCCAGCGCCUCCACAGCUGCCCUCCCCAGCGGAACCCCGCUCGGCACCCUGUGGGUCGCUUGCCUUCUCUGGGGACCGGGCUUUGGCUCUGGCUCCAGGACCCCCUGCCAGAGCCCGGCAUGAUGAGUACCUCGAAGUGACCAAGGCCCCCAGCCUGGACUCCUCACUGCCCCAGCUCCCGUCACCCGGAUCUCCCGGCGCCCCUCUCCUCUCCAGUCUGCCGAGGCCCGCUUCUCCCGCCCUGUCUGAAGGCUCCUCCUCGGAGGCCACCACACCUGUGAUUUCAAGCGUGGCUGAGCGCUUCCCUCCCGGUCUGGGAGCUGCAGAACCAGGGUCCGGAGAGCUGGUCCCAGGAAUGGAAGCUGCUGCCCACGGCCUCUGGGACCUCGCUCCUCUAAGCCCAGCACCUCCAGCGUCCCUGGACUUGGCCCCAGCUCCGGCUCCGAGCCUGCCCAGGGACAUGGAUGACGGCACCCUGCCCUGUCGCCUGGAGUGCUCGGGGGCGGCCGCCAAGAAGCCAAGCCCCUCCCAGGGUCCCUCCGGGGAUGGUGCCACCAAUGGUCCAACUGAAACCAGCCCCAAGCCCCUGGGCCCUGCCCCAGCCGAGGCUGAGGCCUGCCCUGCCUGGGAGCGUGGCGCCUGGCCUGAGGGAGCCGAGAGGAGCCCCCGGCCUGACACGCUGCUGUCCCCUGAGCAGCCGCCGUGUCCUGCAGCAGCCCCUGGAGACCAGCCUAGAAGCAGCUCCCCGGAGACGGAGGCUGGGCCCCAGGGCUGUGCUGCUGAACCCCGGGCCCACCGCGGGGAGCUCUCCCCCUCCUUCCUGAACCCUCCUCUGCCUCGGUCCACGGAUGACAGCGACCCCUCAACUGAGGAGGCGCGGCUGGUAGGGAGAGGGGGGCGGCGCCGGGCGGGAGCCCCAGGGGCUACAGGGGGCCCGUGCCCCAUGGCAGAUGAGACACCCCCAACGUCAGCCAGCGACUCAGGCUCCUCACAGUCAGAUUCUGACGUUCCGCCAGAAACUGAGGAGUGUCCAUCCAUCACGGCUGAGGCAGCCCUCGACUCAGAUGAAGAUGGGGACUUCCUGCCUGUGGACAAAGCUGGUGGGGUCAGUGGGACUCACCAUCCCAGGCCCGGCCAUGACCCGCCCCCACUCCCCCAGCCAGACCCUCGGCCAGCCCCUCCCCGCCCUGACGUGUGCAUGGCUGACCCCGAGGGGCUCAGCUCAGAGUCUGGAAGGGUAGAGAGGCUACGGGAGAAGGAGAAGGCACAGGGGAGAGUUGGUCGCAGGGCCCCAGGCAGGGCCAAGCCAGCGUCUCCUGCCCGCCGUCUGGAUCUUCGGGGAAAACGCUCACCCACCCCUGGUAAAGGGACUACAGAUCGAGCCUCCCGGGUGCCCCCCCGGCCACGCAGCACUCCAAGCCAGGUCACCCCAGCAGAGGAAAAGGAUGGACACAGCCCCAUGUCCAAAGGCUUAGUCAACGGACUCAAGGCCGGACCAACGGCCUUGGGUUCCAAGGGCGGCUCUGGUGCCCCUGUCUAUGUGGAUCUUGCCUACAUCCCAAAUCACUGCAGCGGCAAGACUGCCGACCUUGACUUCUUCCGACGAGUGCGUGCAUCCUACUACGUGGUCAGUGGGAACGACCCUGCCAACGGCGAGCCGAGCAGGGCUGUGCUGGAUGCCCUGCUGGAGGGCAAGGCCCAGUGGGGGGAGAAUCUUCAGGUGACUCUGAUCCCUACUCAUGACACGGAGGUGACCCGUGAGUGGUACCAGCAGACCCAUGAGCAGCAGCAGCAGCUGAAUGUUCUAGUCCUGGCCAGCAGCAGCACCGUGGUCAUGCAGGACGAGUCCUUCCCUGCCUGCAAGAUUGAGUUCUGA